AUGAGCUUCCCAUUCACACCUCCCCCAAAGCCACCAGGCACAUAUUUCCAGACUCCCGCGGCUUCACACCCUCAUGGACCUCUGUUCGCCUCGAGACCCCUCUCUCCGCCGUCGGGCAACGUUGCGGGCUCGAAUCUGGCGGCCUCUACAACCGUUCGGCCCAAGAUGCCCGCAUCAGACAUAAAGGCGAAGCCUGAAGCAAUAAGCCCGAGAGAGCGAGCAGCGCGCACGAUAGACGAAGCACUCCUGCAGGAAUCGCGGUACCCUGACCUGGACAGCUACCUGUCUCAGGGAUUCUCCUCCGACUACGAUAUUCCUAGCUCCCCAUCAUGGGCGCCGUUUCAGAAAGUGAAGAUGUAUAAGAUUCCUGACCAGAUAUUCGACCAGUAUAACCGCGCGCAGGUUUCAACGAGCAUGGGCUUGUUUGCGGAGCUAAACCAUGCCUGGGUUACAAUCGACAAUGCGCUGUAUCUCUGGGAUUAUACGCUCCCGAAUCCUCAAUUGGUUGGCUUCGAGGAGCAGCCGAACAGUAUCAAUACCGUCAAGCUCGCGCGACCUAGAAAGGGAGUGUUCCUUCCGGCAAUCACCCAUUUACUCAUCAUCUCUACAACGGCAGAUGUUUUCCUCUUGGGCCUUGGAUGCGAGACGUCUGGCGGAUUAAAGACCGUAAACCUAUACCAAACGGGCAUGUCUGUUCCUAUCAGGGGACUUGACAUUAAUGUCCUUGCGUCCUCUGAUUCGACUGGACGAGUCUUCUUUGCUGGAUCUACGGACAACGAUAUCCACGAAUUGACCUACCAGCAAGAGGAGCGAUGGUUCCAGGGCCGCUGUGGUAAGGUCAACCACACGACGAAAAACUUCACCGCAUUUGCGCCCCAGUUCAACCUCCGGAACAAGCCAGCGGAAUUUGUGGAACAGAUGGUUGUCGACGAUAGCAGGAAUUUGCUAUACACCCUAUCCUCCAACUCAUCGAUCAGGGUCUUUCACCUCAAAGGCGAUGGUUCUGUCAACCUAACGAUCACCAAGACUGCCAUUGACAUUUACUCCAACAUUGGCCAUAUCAUCACCUCCAAUGAAACACUCAACCCUAGAAUCAAAAUCGUUUCCAUUAGUCCCAUUCCAGCCCCAGAGGCGUCCAGGUACCACCUGGUGGCUACAACUGCCACAGGUUACAGGAUAUACCUCAGUGCUACUGGCUCUUACAGCUGGUCCGCCACCCCAGACGCCAAUAAUGCACCUACAAGCAUGCAGGCGCAACAUGUCAAGACUCCGCCAUCCGAUUCUCCAUCGGGUCAACCCCCACAGGCGGCCCCAAUACCAGGGGCUGCAUUCCAGCCUACGGGCCCUUCUAGGCUCCCUAUCCAUUCAUUGAACCCUACCAGUUCCGCUGAACGAUUCCCUCCAGGUUACUUUUUCUGUUUCACGCAGAAAGACCCCUCGAAGCAGGCGGAUACGCUAUUUAUCUCCACCCCAGAUUCAGGAAGACUCGCACUACCUAGAGACCCUUCUAUACCUGUUAAACCAGAGGAGACCGGAAUUUGGCUUACCCUUGGUAGCCGAGCAGAGGCCAUCGGGCUUUAUACACCAUAUGAGCAGGGUGGUCCAACGAGCAGUGGCUUUGGUAAUGAGUUGUCGGUGCAGUUUGACAAGCCAGCUGCCGAAAUUGCUAUUUUAACCAACACGGGAGUUCAUAUCAUUCGCAGAAGACGGCUUGUCGAUAUGUUUGCUUCCCUCAUUCGCAACUCAGAUGGGGAGGAAGGGCUAGAGGGCCAGGUCAAGGCUUUUAUUCGAGUUUAUGGCCGAAGUGAAACGGUAGCAACCGCGCUCGCAGUCGCGUGUGGCCAGGGAGUUGAAGUCUCACCAGACUCCCGCCUUUCGAAGAUUAAUGACCCCGAUGUUCUGGAAUUCGCUCGAAAAGUUUUCAUAGAGUUUGGAGGGAAGCCAACCCUUAAUGAAAACGCAGUUACGGAUGGUUCUGUCCCAGCUAUUGAUGCAGUGCUACCUUCUCCUCGACAUGCAGGGAUUGCCCUGUAUACUUCCCGACUUCUUCGAUCCAUUUGGAAGACGGUCAUAGCCAAACAGGGGCGAACUCCUUCAGGUGGGCUUUCUAUCUCCCCAGCUGUUCCUAUGGCGUCAUUGCUCUCGAUUCAACGAGACCUGUCUGCCCUCCAAGACUUUUUCAAUACCAAUCGAACUUUCAUCGAAGGUCUAAGUGGACCUGAUGCAUUAUCGAGAGUCACCACGAAACAAGAGGAGGUUGCUCUACAGGCCGAACAUCGAGGCCUCCACUCUCUCGUACAGUUGAUCUCCCAUACUAUCGAGGGAAUUUCGUUUAUUCUCGUUCUCUUUGACGACAGAGUUGAAGACGUCAUUACCUUGUUGAACGAGGAUGCUAGGAGUCGCUUCUUAGAGUUGACAUUUGAACAGCUAUUUGCCACAUCAAGGGGCCAUGAGACGGCAAAGGAAUUGGUCAAAGCCAUCGUGAACCGUAACAUUGCCAAAGGCUCGAAUGUCGAAACUGUCGCUGAGGCUCUACGACGGAGGUGCGGUACCUUCUGUAGCUCACAAGAUGUUAUUGUCUUCAAGGGCCAAGAGCUUCUCAAGCGAGCAACAGAGGCAGGACCAAACUCUGAAGUUGGUCGAAACCUUUUGAAUGAGAGCUUGAUGCUCUUCCAACAAGUAUCUGAAAGUCUCCCCAUGGAUUACCUAAAGCCCAGCAUAGACCAGUAUAUCCAAAAUCAAUUUUUCGCUGGCGCAAUACAACUUGCUCUAAGUGUGGCUGCCGAUUCUGACAAGGCCAAUCACGCCCUCUCAUGGAUUAUGGAUGGACGACCAGCUGAGGACCCUCGAAAGAAUAGCUAUGACGCUCGGCAGCAAUGCUAUGACCUCAUAUAUAAGGUCAUCCUUGCUGUAGAUGACCUUUCCGAUCAAGACAAUUCCGAGGGCCAAUACAGCAUGAUAGCACGAAGACGGGCUGAAGCGUACGACGUAAUUACCACCUCGCGGGACGAGGUUUUCCUCACCAGUCUUUACGAUUGGUACCUCGAGCGUGGAUUAAGUGAUCGGCUUCUCGAAAUCAGGUCCCCAUUCGUUGCUACCUACCUCGAGAGGAAAUCAACAGAAGAUAUGUUCCAUGCCGAUCUACUAUGGAAAUAUUAUGCCCAAUCCGACCGAUUUUAUGAUGCAGCUAUCGUGCAAUUGCAACUUGCAAAGAGCCCGUUCAAACUUACUUUGAAUCGAAGGAUUGAAUAUUUGGGCCAAGCAAGAGCAAAUGCAUCUGUGCAUUCACCUGAUGUUGGCCGAGCGGCACGACAACGUCUACAGCAUGAAGUUGAGGAACUUCUAGAUGUUAGCCAUGUUCAAGACGACCUAUUGCAACGACUUAAGGAUGAUGCAAGAUUAGAUGCUGAUCGCAAGACCGCUGUGUUAGAGGCAAUGAAUGGAAGUAUCAUGGAGAUCAGCAAAAUGUUCAACGAAUAUGCAGCUCCCGGAAACUAUCAUGAUAUCUGCCUCCAGAUAAUGUACCUCGCAAAUCACCGAAAUGCUUCUGAUAUCACGACCACCUGGCAAGAUUUGAUCCAGGGAGUCCACGAGGAGACCUUGAGAAACGGAACACCUCUGCCUUACGAAGCUGUCAUUGAAAAGGUUCGCAGCCUAGCACAUAGACUCAGGAUGUCGGACGUUGCAUUCCCAGUCAAAACCCUCCUACCGAUGCUAGAGCGUUACAAACUUGAGCAUCAGAAGUCGGAUGGGCCUCCGACCUGGGUUAUCGAUCUUUUCCUUGAACUUCAGGUCGAGCCAGAGGUGCUAUAUACGGUCCUUGAAUCUUUGUUCUAUAACGACGAGGUGCCCUUCCACGGGGCCAAUCGGAAAUAUAUCGGCAACGAUCUCGCAUACUUGAUUUCACGAUGGUUUAACGAAACAGCCAGACUGGGCGGUGGGGCGUUUGGAAGCGACGUAAUUGCUGCCAGGGUCUCUGAGAUGCUACUUUUACUACAGCAGUCUCGAUUGGAUAGGGAUGUUGUACAGGCAUGUCGAGAUAUGAGGGUGAAGCUUGAGCAGUCGUUCCGAUAA